GCGGCCAAGCACUAGGCAGGCCAGAGUGGUAGGCAGAGUAGCGAGUGGCAGCAGCAGCAGCAGCGUUAGCUAGCGUUAGCAUAUAGCAGCAGCGGCGGCAGCGGAGUAGCUCUCUCCGUCUCCCCCCGCUGCACUACUCUGUUGGUGUCUGUGCAGUAGCUUGGGUCGCGUAACGUUCACCCCCGCGUGUGCGCGCGCGAUCCGAGUCUCCCUCUCUCCCCCCUUCGUGGUUGGGAGCGCGCGCUCUUGGCUCGUCGCACGGCUUAUCAGCAGGAGUAGCAGCAGCAACCGCGCGCCGCAGGAGCUAAUCUCUCAGGAGCCAGGACGCCUCAGCUAACCUCGAACAAGGUCGUCGCCGUAGCUGCACUUGGCUGCAGCUUGACGUCGAAGCAAGCCAGGCAUAGGCUCACUUGGCGUGGUGUUUCUCUCUGCGUGUAUACUCUCAGAGCAGUGUGUUGAAGCAGCGGCGCUGCGCUCGCCGGAAAGAGAGAAAAACGCACGCACGCGAGAGCCAUUACACCUCGACGACUCUACUCUGCUUACUGUGCUCCGCUCGUUGCCGCCAAGUUAUAGUUGCUCCGUUGCGUUGUCGCGCGAGAAUAGAGGAGAGAGCGUGAGUGCGUGCAACGAGAAAACAAACGGCGCGCGUGACAGGUGCGCGAUCGAUCUCUUCUCUCUUUCUCUCGCUCUCUCUACCGAGGUGUUCGUUCUCGCGCGAGCAAAAGAGAGUCCCGCGAUUCUCUCCCCCCACUCUGUUGGGGCGACGACGUCGACGACGGCGGUUUUUGUGUGCUCCGAGCAGUGCGGUGAUAGUGCUAAGAGUGCAGUACCAGGUCGGGCGAAUGCGUCGGCGUCGAUGUGCCCUGCAGGAGGGACCUCGAGGUGCUCCGCUUAGGAGCUAAGCAGAAGCAGUCCCACACAGGAGAGAGAUGGCCCUGCAGCAGGGUCCCACGGCGGCCACUAACAACGCGCCGGAGCCAGACAGCCAAACCAACGACAGGCUUCGCGAGUCUUUCAUCAAGGAGCUCCAGCACUUCCACGACACCAGAGGAACGCCAUUCAAGAAAGUUCCAAAAGUAAGUGGCAAGGAGGUGGAUCUUCACAAGCUCUACACAGUUGUCACAUCACGAGGCGGAUGGAUCCAAGUCAACUCGAAGAACGAGUGGGCGUGGCUCUGCGAGGAGUUCCAUCUGCCCAGCGGCUGCGUCAAUAGCGGCGUCGGCCUCAAACAAAUUUAUCUUCGGUACCUCGACCGAUAUGAAAAAGUCCAUUUCCUGGGUGAGGACGGCCACCAAGCUGACGACGAUGACGAGGACUCGAGGCAUCGCAAGUGGAACGCCAGGUCGCUACACUCGGUGCCACACACCUACAAUCAUCAUCAGCACAACGUUGCCGAAACACUGCGCGAGUACAAUGGGCUCUCGCCGGAUCUUUACAAGCCGUCCAACUACGACAAGCUCGCGCUCUCGCUGCUGUCCCCUUUGCCGAACGAGCACGACUUUGCGAUCAACGUCUGCACGAUACUGUCGACGGAGGGCAAGCACACGCUGCGCCUCGACCAGUAUCCCCGCCUGGUGAACCACCUGCUCGCGCACGCCGGGGUCUACGACUCACCGGGCACGCGGCAACUCUUCGUCGACGUCUACUCGCGAGUACGCAACUACUCCAUCAACUCGUUUUGGCAGGACGUGCUCGAGUCUCAAGACAUGCUCGACCUGACGGACGAGCGAGCGUUCGUGGUCAGAGCAAGCGCACAAGCAGGUCAGAAAUUCUUCAGAAGAAGACUGUGUGGCAGGGACAAGGAAAAAAGUCCCGAACCGUGUAUCGUGCUGGACGAGCCUAUGGACACCACCGACGAUUGUAACGGAUUCAAGGAUCAGAAUCAGAAUUCCAUCAAGUUCGAGGAAGACGACAGAGAGCUGUUUUGCGUGGGCAGAACGCUGGGCACUCAGGACCCGUUCGGCCAGCGAGUGCUACAGAUCGCUUCGAUACUGCGCAAUCUUAGCUUCACCCCGGAAAACGCGGCGAUACUUGCCAGGAGUCGCUCGUUCCUUCGCUUCGUACUACUGUGCGUGAGAUCGAGGUGGAGCAAUCUGCACCAACUCGGCUUCGACACGCUCGGCAACAUCGCGAACGAGAUUAUCCUCAAGGAGGCUGGCGAGAGAAUCACCAAUCUCAUCCUGUCAUGCGUCACCAAAGGCGUUGACUCGCAAGACAGGUUCAUCGUCAUCAGUUCGUUGGAGAUCCUUAACAAGAUCAGCCAACAAGAUCUUAACGAGGAGACGCUCACCUUGGGACUGGACGAUAGCGUGUACAACCUUAUCUGCAGAUUCCUGGCGCUCAGUGACAUCGCUCUGCUGGUCUACACGCUCGAGUGUCUUUACGCGCUCACCUCCCUUGGCGAGCGUCCGUGCACGAGCGUCGCGAGAGUCCGCGGUGCUAUCGAUACCCUCGUCGCUCUCGUCACCGUCGAAGCUCAAAGUUACGGGCCCAAAGCUUGCAUACUCAUGCGCGUGGUCGAGACGGUGUCUGCUAUACCGGCAUCGCAGCAACAGCAGCAGCAACAGCAACAACAGCAGCAACAGCAGCAACCGUCGUCUACGUCCACGACGGCAAACGCGCAUAGUUCGCCGUCGCAGACGACUAACGUUGCCGCCAAUCCAGUCGCACAGUCACAGACGCAACAGCCGCAGACAGUGAGUCAGGUGCAGCCGGCGCAGGUGCAGGCACAGGUCGUUCAACAGCCAAUGGCGGUGCAGAUUCAAGUGCAGUCGCAACCCACGCAACAAGUGCACAUUCAGCCUCAGACGGCGCCUGUCAAGGUUGUUAACACUGCUACUUCCAGGCCGAUUACCCCUAAAGGCGCUGCAGCGAAAGCAGCGCAGGCAGCAUCUUCCCUGGCUAGUGCCCACACACAUCAGCAGAUCAUUCAGGAGAACGAGCAGUUCGCGCUGGGAUGGCUGAGAAAUACUUUUGAACCGGCCACGGGAGUGAAGAUUGAACAGGAAGAGCUAUACAAGAAGUACUUCGGAUGCUGCACCAAGAUUGGCAGGAAGGGCGUCAUCGCACCCCUUCACUUCCCACGAUGCGUCAGGAAUGUCUUUGGAGGCAGCGUCGGUCCGAAUCACAUGAAAGGCGAGACGAGCGGUCCAAUGUUCUACGAAGGGAUCAAGAUCCGGGAGAACCCAGGCCAGGUUUCGUCGUCGCAUCCUCACCUCAGUCAAGCCCUUCUGGGAUGCAACGCUAACACGUCGUCACAGCAGCAACAGUCGUCCUCGCAACAGCAGCAGCAGCAGCCGCAGCAACAAGUGCAGGUGAUCGUGAAAGACAGCAAUGGUGCAAUGACAACGGCAACAACGUCGAGUUCUAUAAUCAAGAGCCUGUUGGCAACUAAGGUAACAGUCGGCGGCGAGUGCAUGCCGAGCGCCGUCGGCGCCGCUAGCUCGAUACCCUGUGUGCAACAGCUCGCUGUAACAAACGCCACUGGCGUUAUCUCCAACAUCAGUGCCAACCAGCAAUUAACCGCCAAUCAGGUUGCUCAGCGACAGCAGCAGCAACAGCAGCGCCAACAGCAACAGAUAACCGUUGUACAGACGCCAACUAAGACUCCAGCCAAUGCCAAGGCGAAAACAACAACGAUCGCCGUUAAAAAGGUGCAAAGGGUCAACGGCGCUAAAAUCGUCAUGGCGAACAAUUGCGAGAAGGCGGAUGCGCCGGACAGCGAUACGCAAACUCAACUAGCCGUUGCAAGUAUAACCACCGACUCGAAUCACGUAGCCGCAGCAAUAAGAAAGCCCAACCAAUCUCCUCACCAACGAAAUGUAUGCACUCCAGUUGGCGAAGACUCUGAUUCGACAAACAAUUCCUUAGCGUCGUCCAGCGGUAUCGGAGGUAGUCGUGAUUGCUCGGGUGCUGGUGCUGAAGAAGAGAACUCAUUGACGAGCUUCGAGGGAAUCUUACUGAAUGGCGCUCCCAAUAAUCCCGAUAUUGACGCCCAAGACGAUGGCUCGUCGAAAGACUCGUCCAGUGUAAGCUCAAAGGAGAAGCCAUUACAGAGCAUGAUGCUUGCGGAUUUGUUAGAGAGGAAGGUGGACAAGGAACCAAUCUUGAAUGGGAUUCUCGGCAAGAAGGAUCUUGUGGAGAAUCAUAUCAAGAAGGUAAGGGUAUUAAAAGAAUCUCCAACCGACAUAAAGAUUAAGGCGGAAGUGUCGGAAGACGCCUUGAUUGAAGCCCCAGCUCGUGUAGGCAUAAAGCGACCAGCAAGCACAGACACGGAAGAAACAGAUACGAAAAAGCUCAAAUAUUCAAACGGUACGAGCUCUCCGGAUCCAGCCGCGAUUAUGCCGAGCAUCAAGUCCGAGGAGCCAGAAGAAGAAAAAGUUACCGUUUCGUCGACCGCCGCCAAUUUAUAUGCGGCUCUGGCUGCAGAUAUAAUUGAAGACGAGACGGAUCUUGAGGAAACGUCGGCCUCCAAGGAGGAAUCAAAAGUGGUUGUAAAGCAAGAACCAACGAUAAAAAUAGCACCACCGACAACACCCAGUCCGAUCGCAACAGCACCUGAGCAGCCGCCGCAGCAACAAGUCCAGCAACGAAUACAAGCUCCAACAACUCAGCCGCAAACUAUCGCCAUAACGCAACAGCAGCUGCAGCAGGGUGGUCUGAUAAUGGGUCCGCGACAGAUCGUCGUACAGCAAACUAUCCCGCAAAACAAUCAGAUUGUAACGAUCCCAGCGGCAGCGCUUAAGGGCCGGUCGCCGCAAAUGCAGCCUCAAGUGCUACAAGUUCAACAAGGCAGCGGAGGUCAAACACAUUACGUCAUCUCUGGUGGUGUUGGUGGCCAGAAUUACGUAUUGGCUCAACCGCAGACGGCGCUGGUUCAGGGUCAAGCGCAGACGGUGCUGGUGGCCCAGCAACAAGGCACAAACACUAAAACAAUAAUCAUUCUUCAACCCCAAGCGGCAGCUCAACCCCAACCACAAAAAGUCGUUGCCGUUACGCCGCAAGGCCAGCAAGUAGUUGUUACGCAGGUACCACGACCGCAACUGCUCAGUUCGUCGAUAGGCAGUAUUCCUCCACCGUUGGUACCCACCUCAGCAUCGAUCGUCGUUAAUCAACCGGCUACAACGCAAACCCAAAGCCAACCUGCACAGGGUACGAUAACGGUCGUGCAAGCUCCCCAAACUACUGUAGCCACGUCCACGAUGCCGGUAAGGGUGGUCACGCCCACACCAGCAUCGACGCCGCCAACCUCCAGACCUGCCACUCCGCAUGUGGUACAAGUGACACAACCGAAACCAACUACGCCGCAACCAGCUUCGCCCGUGGUUGAACAGGUAAAGGAUACCAAAGUAACGGAGAAUGAUGGAAAUAGCAAUUCGACAAAUCAUGCUAUUGACAAUGGGAAACAGACGAGUAGCCACGAAACUGCCAUCACUGCUGCGACAAACACGACUGGUGCAUCAGUCUCCACUAUGACUACAUCCUUAACGUCUGCGUCCACGACGAAUAGUAAUCCCGGUCCUAAAACUAUCACCAUUAAGAUGAACCCAAAAGCGUUCCUUUGUGAAUGGAGAGGUUGCCUAAAACAAUUCAAAACUCCAAGAAAGGUGUAUCUACAUGCUAUAGAAACUCAUUGUCCAACCGGAGACGAAGAGGCUCUAUGUUUGUGGGCCAGCUGUGACGGUCUUAAAAGGCGAAGAUUCUCUCUGAUGACACAUUUGUUUGAUAGGCAUUGUAUGGAGAGCGUCAUGCUGGCGAGGAGGAAACAACUGACUUCUUCAGAGAAAACAGAAGUUCCAGUAGCUCCUCCACCUCCUCCCAUCACACCACAGCAGCAACAGCAGCAUCCGGGCUACGCGCCUAACGCUGCUUUUCAUGCUAUCAAAAGGCACGCACUUGAGUUUGUCAAUCCCAAGGAAUUGAUGCAAAGGCCAUCCAAGCCGGCUGCAACCACCACUAGCUCCUCUUCCCCCAGACCCGGGCAAAAUCCUCCACCGGAACAGGAUGAUAAUGAAGGACCUGUAACUAAAAGUAUUCGCUUGACGGCAGCUCUUAUCCUCAGGAACCUAGUCAUAUAUUCCGCGCACGGUAGAAGGCACCUUCGAGCAUAUGAGCCGCACUUAGCCGGUGUGGCACUAAGCAACGUCGAAUCGUCCAGGACAAUCGCACAAGUCCUCUACGACAUGAACGAUCAGAGUAGUAGCGGUCACAGGUGACCAGUCGCGUCGAGCCUAUCGGAACUGAAAAGCUUCAACACCUAAAAUUAGAGCAUCGAUCAACUCUGUGAAUUCUGACGUGGAUCUGCCCGAACUACUAGCUUUUAAGCGACUCACACACAUACAUGCAUUCAAAGAACAAUAACUUAAGUGAAGUUAACGUACUAAAAUGGGGGAAGAAAGAAGAACAGUGACAAGAGGCCUACAAACUUACUGGGCAAAUAAUUCAUUUUGCCAAUAAUCUAGCACGUACGGAUUGUAUAAACUAAGAUGUAGAGUGCUUGUCGCGACGUGGGAAGAGACAAUACAAGUGGAUAUGAAGAGUAGAUUUUUUUAAAGUGAACCUGAAGAUAAACUUCAAAUCGUCAUUAUUAAUGGAUGCAGUGAUAACAUAAAAAUAAAGAAACGAGAUAAUAUUUCAGAUUUAAUAUUAAUAUUUAUUUUCUCAAUAAAGGCGACGAAAAUGAUUUAGUGUGUACAAAAAAAAGAAAGCAAACAUGAGAAGAUACUGAAUGUGGUGGCGAAAGUAAAGCACUUUAUGGACGUUAUAGUUUAAUUAUAAUGGAUUAAUGUUAUUGUGUAUGAACUACAUUUUUCUUUGUACCCUUUUUGGCUCUUUUCUUUAUUCGUGACUCACGAAUAAGAGAAGAGAGCGAAAAAGGCUUUUUUAUUGAUUGUAAUUUUUAUUCAGUGUAUAAUUUUCGCUUACUGGAUUGCAACUCGCAAUUACAUGGCUAUACCAUCGUCUCUCUUUUGUUUUUAUUAUUUUAAUAUAACAUUCGCGAUUCACCAUAGAAUCUAGAAAAAGAGAAUUAUAUCCUUUGAAUCUUCAUCAUCCACUUAACUUAGGUUAUAAAUGAUUUCCAACUUUUAAGUUUAUAUCUCAACCAGCUUUUCUUCGUAUUAUUUUUUGGUGAUUUAAAUCACCAUGAAAUAUUUUGAAAAUUCUUUUGAUUACGAAAGGAAUUUUAUUAAUUUUUCAGUACACGUCUUAUAUAAAAUAGCUACGAUUAAGAGUUUUUGAUGAAUUUUUUUAGAAGACACAAUUCUAUUUACACAAAAAUGACACAUAUUGCAUUUAUGUAAUUAUCAUUUUUUUAUCUUAGCUCUCGAAAAAAGUGAGAAUCAGAUCGAUUUGAAUGCAAGAGAGUGCAGAAAGAAUGUAAUAACUUUGUAAAAAGAAUUAACUCUAAGACUUCAUUACUUCAAAGGAGAAAAAAACGGAAAGCACAUGCAGAAAUACUUGUAAAUAAUAUAACUGUAUUACAUUUGCAUUGUGAAAAGUAUAAAACAGUGUACAUUUUUUCUCUGGAAGUUGACACAAUGAUAGAUUUAGUGAAAACUAAGAGUCGCUGUGGAAAAAUGUGCAAACGAAUCGAAUCAGAUUAACCAUUAAGUAAACAAAUUUCUUUGUAUUAUACAAAAAUAAAAUCGACCUUCUAUAAAAAAGAAUAUUAAAAAGUGAACGUUUUUGUAAGAACAACUAGUAAUUACCAAAAUAUGAACUAAUGAAUCGCGGAGCAAAGAUCAACUUUAAGAUUUACAUGCAAAAACAAUCAUGUAUUUUAUAUAAAAAUGUAGAAUAUAAAACAACUUCA